CGCUCUGUGUCGUCAUCAAGACGCGCGGCCGCCAGCAGCGUUCGUAAAGAAGUACGGAAGCUGUUAUGGCGAGUCCGGUUGCCACUUCUGUCAGGCCGCCCAGGCCCAAGAAAGAGCCGCAGACGCUCGUCAUCCCCAAGAAUGCGGCCGAGGAGCAGAAGCUCAAGCUGGAGCGGCUCAUGAAGAACCCGGACAAAGCAGUUCCAAUUCCAGAGAAAAUGAAUGAAUGGGCACCUCGACCUCCUCCAGAAUUUGUCCGAGAUGUCAUGGGGUCCAGUGCCGGGGCUGGCAGUGGAGAGUUCCACGUGUAUAGGCACCUACGGCGGAGAGAGUACCAGCGGCAGGACUACAUGGAUGCCAUGGCUGAGAAGCAAAAACUGGAUGCAGAGUUUCAGAAGAGACUAGAAAAGAAUAAAAUUGCUGCAGAGGAGCAGACUGCAAAGCGCCGGAAGAAGCGUCAGAAGUUAAAAGAGAAGAAGCUACUGGCAAAGAAGAUGAAACUUGAACAGAAGAAACAGAAGGAAGAACCCAGGCAGUGCCAGGAGCAGCGUGCCAGCAGCAGCUCUGAGGAGGAAUCUGGAACUGAGGAGGAGGAAGAGGAGCCCAGUGUCGUCAUCACGGGGCGAUGAGGCGCUCCAGCAGUUGUGAGCCCGGCUCGUUCUGUGACCAGCCUCAGAAAAGAAAAGGCUGUGUGUGCCCAGCUGCCAGACUGGCUGUGCUGGGAGAGGCAGCACCUCCUGCAGCCCUUAGACUGUGCACCGUGCCUCCCGUGUCCUGCCUGCUCUUGCUGGAGGGGAGUGAGGGCCUCGCCUCCCCUGGCCUGCUCCCUUCCACUUCAGCAGCAGUGAGCUCUGGUCUGGCUUCUGUGAAGGGAAUAUUUAUUUAGUAAAGAGCAGAAAACCUAUAGGUCUUGUCCACACGUGCGAGAUGUUGGUUACCAAAGCCUCAGCGAAGCCAUGAAAUGCCCGAGCCUGGGCCUUGAGAUCUGGCAGGUCCUCUGUGCAGGCCUCCUGGGCCUGCUACCCGGGCACCUGGGAAGGCUCACACUUCAGCUCUGUCCAUUUAUGGAGCAGCAGAAUUCAAAGCUGCAGAUCCGUGCCCACCCAGCAGUUCUCAAAGCAAGUAUGGGCCAGCAGGGGCCUCAGUCGGGGCAGAAGGAGAGAGGAGCCAGGAAAACAGCAAGUGAUGAAAGAAAACAGGAGCGUCCCAGAGAGCUGGGGCGGAGAAAGCCUUCCUCCUCCGUCCUUAGACCGGGAGCUCUAAGCUGAGAGGGACUGGACAGGGUGGAACUCUUAGGUGUGGAAAGCCCUCCUUGCACCAGGAUUGGGAGGCUGCCAGUCUCUCACUGAGUAUCCUUGAGUGACGGGUUCAAACCUGCUGUGUGUACUGGCCCAGAGUGCAAGCAACACCACAGAAUAUGGAGGAACAGGCAUCAUGCCGGGGAGCAGACCCAGCACUGCCUUGGUCCUCAGAGCCGUCAGGCCAGUGGGGCAGCAGGCAGUUUCUGGGUUGGGGGUCUGGCGUGUCUCCAGCUUCCAAGUGUGUGGUGUCCCUUUUAUGGAUGCUGGUAGCAUUUUGAGUGAAAGGAAAGCUAAGAAUAUCUUCUACUUCUUAA